UAUUGUUAUAAAGUCAUGAAAAUAGAAUAAAAAAUUAAAAAUAAAAAAAGUCAUGAAAAUAGAAUUUCCUAUAGAGUCGAGUUGCUUAAUAAGUUGUUUCAUCUUAGAAAAGCAACAAACAUAUUCCUAGAAACCAGAGGAGACCCGAACUCUAACAACACUCACUAAACAACAUGGCAAGAAACACAAAUGGUCUUGUAACUCUUGUUUUUAUGCUAGCUAACUUUCUCCAUGGAUCAGUAGCAACAAAUUUCUCGGUUGGUCAUUACCGUAACCAAUUCGACGGGUACCCGCCGAAGAAGCCAUUAAUAUUGUCAUCCAAAAUCCGUUGGGGUACCGAGAGAACAUUAACCGUAGGUGACGUUCUUGAAUUCGACUAUCCUUAUGGAGAACAACACAAUGUGACAAUGGUAACAAAAUCAGAUUUCGAUAGUUGCAAUAAAACAAACUUACAUACAAACAGUUCAAUCAGGGUGUUGGUUCUCCACCAAAUAGCGCAAUAUUAUUUCAUUUGUACCAUUGCAGAUCACUGUUCAGUUGAUGAUGAGAAACUGUCAAUUAAUGUUGCUAAUUCUGUUCCAGCACCAGAACAACCACCAAUUGCUUCUUCUCCACCAACUCGUAGUCCUAUUCCAGCACCUGUACAAGCACCGGUACCAACGGCCACCACUUCACCUCCACCUCCAUCUCCUGCUACUGCACCAGAACAACCACCAAAUGCUUCUUCUUCUCCACCUAUUCCAGCACCUGUACAAGCACCGGUACCAACGGCCACCACUUCACCUCCACCUCCAUCUCCUGCUACUGGUAGUCCCUCUAACUCGAAAAGGAAAGUCAUUAUAGGUCUUGGAAGUGCAGCAAUGGUAGCAUUCCUGAUGUGCAUCAUUAUUUAUUGUUUUAGAGGGAAGUCAUUAAUACAACAAGUAAAAUUUAGGUUUAAUUUUAAUACAAAUGAUGAUAAAGUUAUUGAACAAUUUUUAAAAAAUCAUGGAGCUUUAUCGCAAAAAAGAUAUAAAUUUUCGGAAAUAAAGAAAAUGACAAACUCAUUUAAAAUUAAACUAGGUCAAGGGGGUUAUGGUGUUGUGUACAAAGGAAAGUUAUUCAAUGGUUGUCUUGUGGCUGUGAAGAUAUUGAAUAGAUCAAAAGGAAAUGGUGAAGAAUUUAUUAAUGAGGUUGCAAGUAUUACUAGAACUUCACAUGUUAAUGUUGUCAACCUUCUCGGAUUUUGUUUUGAAAGUCGUAAAAAAGCUCUCAUAUAUGAAUUUAUGUCUAAUGGUUCUCUCGACAAAUUUAUUUACAAUAAGGGAUCUGAAACCAUUGCAUCUUUGAGUUGGGAUAAUUUGUAUCAAAUUGCAAAAGGGAUAGCCCGUGGACUAGAGUACUUGCAUAGAGGAUGUAACACUCGAAUUUUACAUUUUGACAUAAAACCGCACAACAUUCUUUUAGAUGAGAAUUUUUGUCCAAAGAUUUCAGAUUUUGGACUUGCGAAACUUUGUCCUAGGAAAGAGAGUAUUAUUUCAAUGUCAGAUCAAAGAGGUACAAUGGGAUAUGUAGCUCCAGAAGUGUGGAAUAGAAGUUUUGGUGGAGUUUCACACAAGUCUGAUGUUUAUAGUUACGGAAUGAUGUUGUUGGAAAUGGUUGGAGGGAGAAAAAACAUUAAUGCUAAUGCAAGUCAAACAAGUGAGAUAUAUUUUCCUCAUUGGGUGUAUAGUAGGCUUGAACUUGGUAAUGAUUUGAGACCUGACGGGAUAAUGGAUACAGAAGAAGAAGAUAUUGCAAGGAGAAUGACCAUUGUGGGAUUAUGGUGCAUUCAAACAUUUCCUAAUGAUAGGCCUACAAUGAGUAAAGUGAUUGAACUGUUAGAAGUUAGCAUGAAUUUGUUGCAAAUACCACCAAAACCAUUAUUUUCUUCUCCUACUAGAUCAGACUCAUAAAAUAUUAAAGUAAGUAUAAUUGUUGAUGUUGACCUUUUUAAUCUUUUUGUAAAACUAAUGGGUUUUUGGUGUGUCAAAUUGUUUUGAUAUUGAAUGCAAAGUCAUAAUUUUAUGUGACAAUUUUAUCAUUG